AUGUCAUCUUGGACCCAUUUGAUUCGGUUUAGAGCCAAAGAGGAUGGCCAGAUUCACCUGGGCCAGUUGGUCGAUCCCACUCGGGAUAUCGGGCUAGACUCUGUGAAUGGUGUUGAGGUCAAGGCAUUGUUACUCAACGGAGACAUGUAUAACGCCACCAUCACAGAGCAAGUGCUUACGGUAGACCAGUUACUCGCACCGGUCGAACGAGGGCAGUGCAACUAUAUCAGAUGUCUGGGGCUGAAUUAUAAGGACCACGCAAAGGAAGGCGGUUUCUCAAUUCCCAGUGACCUAGAGGUUUUUACUAAGCCGCGCACUGCACUCGCCGACCCUUUUCCGGCGGCAAUCACUAUCCCAAAAUGCGCUCAGGACGGAUCGAGCGAUUACGAAGCAGAGCUUUGUGUUGUGAUUGGAAAGACUGGCCGAGAUAUUCCAGAGCAUAGAGCUUUGGACUGUGUCUUGGGAUAUACAGCGGCCAACGACGUUUCGGCACGGAAUCUCCAGCUGGCAGUGAAGCAGUGGUCUUUCUCUAAAGGACUUGACAACAGUUGCCCAAUCGGCCCUGUGCUUGUUGCGCCCUCAGCAAUUCAAGAUCCCCAAUCUCUUGGUAUUAAGGCUGUCUAUAACGGCCAGACUGUGCAAAAUGGAAACACAAACAAUAUGAUCUUUUCAGUAGCAAAGCAAGUUUCAUAUCUUUCCAGAGGAACAACGCUGGAGUCUGGCUCCAUUAUACUUACAGGAACGCCCGCUGGCAUUGGAUAUUUUCGGAAGCCUCGUAUAAGCCUGGAGAACGGAGGCAGAAUUGACAUUCAGAUCGAGAAGAUCGGGACACUGGUAAACAUGGUUAAGUUUGAUACUAUGUAG